AUGGCGGACUUCGUUGACCACUCCCCCCACCAUCCCACCAAAGCUGCGAAGCUGGACAGCGCGUCCAAUGUUAUUCUGAUUGACAACUACGACUCUUUCACCUGGAAUGUCUAUCAAUACCUGGUCCUCGAGGGAGCUACGGUCACUGUCUUCCGCAACGAUGAAGUUACUGUGGACGACUUGAUCGCAAAGAACCCAACCCAGCUGGUCAUCAGUCCUGGCCCUGGUCACCCGGAAACAGACGCGGGAAUUAGCAACGCUGCGAUCCAGUACUUCAGCGGAAAGAUCCCGAUCUUUGGUGUGUGCAUGGGUCAACAAUGCAUCAUCUCCUCCUUUGGCGGCAAGGUCGAUGUGACGGGCGAGAUUCUCCAUGGCAAGACCUCGGUUUUGAAGCAUGACUCCAAGGGCGUCUACGAGGGAUUACCCACCGUCCUUUCUGUCACUCGAUACCACUCUCUUGCGGGAACCCACUCGACCAUCCCGGAGUCAAUGGAAGUGUCCUCGUGGGCCGAGCUCGAGAACGGUAGCGGCAACAUUAUUAUGGGAGUCCGACACAAACAGCUUACUGUCGAGGGUGUGCAGUUCCACCCUGAGAGUAUUCUGACGGAGUACGGGCGGAAGAUGUUCAGGAACUUCCUCACUCUCACCUCGGGUACUUGGGAUGGGAACAAGCAGAGUGCGACACGAGCUACCAAGACUCCCGCUCCAGCUGACAAGAAGGUGUCCAUUUUGGAGAGGAUCUACGCCCACCGUAGGAAUGCCGUCGCUGAGCAGAAGCAGAUCCCUGCACUGCGACCAGAGGCGCUGCAGGCUGCCUAUGACCUCAACAUCGCACCGCCCCAAUUGUCCUUCCCUGCCCGAUUGAGACAGUCGGAUUAUCCUCUUUCAUUGAUGGCAGAAAUCAAGCGAGCAUCUCCUUCCAAGGGUAUUAUUUCGGCAGAUGUAUGUGCUCCUGCUCAAGCCCGCGAGUACGCCAAGGCCGGCGCCAGUGUUAUCUCUGUUCUCACGGAGCCCGAGUGGUUCAAGGGGACGAUUGACGAUCUCCGAGCAGUGCGUCAGAGCCUGGAAGGUAUGACCAACCGUCCGGCUCUCUUGCGGAAGGAGUUUGUGUUUGAUGAAUAUCAAAUUCUUGAGGCACGAUUGGCUGGUGCCGAUACCGUUCUCCUGAUUGUCAAGAUGCUUAGUGUGGAGCUUCUUACGCGGUUGUACCGGUACUCUCAGAGCCUUGGAAUGGAGCCCCUCGUUGAGGUCAACACACCCGAGGAGAUGAAGAUCGCAGUUGAACUGGGAUCCCAAGUGAUCGGUGUUAACAAUCGCGACCUGACGAGCUUUGAGGUCGAUCUUGGAACUACAAGCCGUCUUAUGGACCAAGUCCCUGAGACCACCAUCGUGUGUGCUCUCAGUGGUAUUACAGGCCCUAAGGAUGUGGAAGCUUACAAGAGGGACGGUGUGAGGGCUAUCCUUGUGGGAGAGGCCUUGAUGCGGGCCCCAGAUACCUCUGCCUUUGUGGCACAUCUUUUGGGUGGGUCAAAGGCUGCAUCGAAGUCAACAAACCCUCCGUUGGUCAAGAUUUGCGGUACUCGAUCUGAAGAGGCUGCCAAGGCCGCCAUCGAAGCCGGUGCUGACUUAAUUGGUAUCAUCCAGGUCCCUGGGCGGUCAAGAACGGUCUCAGAUGAUGUGGCUCUCCGUAUCUCUCGGACUAUCCAGUCAACACCCCGUCCCGGGACUCAACAGACCGCUGCAUCGCAGCAAAUAUCAAACGCCACUUCUUCGGAAUGGUUUGAUUAUUCCGCCAGCGUCUUGCGGCACCCGUCUCGCGCAUUGCUUGUGGGUGUUUUCAUGGACCAGCCUCUUUCCUAUAUCCUUGACCAGCAGCAAAAGCUUGGACUCGACGUUGUGCAGCUCCACGGUUCUGAGCCUGUGGAAUGGGCUAGCUUGAUCCCUGUGCCCGUCAUUCAUAAAUUCGCACCUGGAGACAUUGGUAUUGCGCGCAGGGCAUACCACAGUCUUCCUUUGUUGGAUUCUGGUGCCGGUGGUUCUGGCGAGCUCUUGGAGAUGGCUGGUGUUCAACGGGUUCUCAACAGCGACGAGGGUUUGCAAGUGAUUUUGGCCGGCGGAUUGCACUCGGAUAAUGUUGUGGACAUCGUCAAGAAACUUGGCGAAUCGGGUUCGAAGGUGGUGGGCUUGGAUGUCAGUUCCGGUGUGGAAACCAACGGCUCUCAGGAUCUGGACAAGAUUCGAGCGUUCGUAAAGGCUGCCAAGAGCAUUCGCGCAUGA